GUAGUUACCUUUUUACGGUACUCCUACUUUACCUUUAUUUCGGUAAUGAUAAUGAAUUUAAAGCUGCUGCAGAGCACUUAAGUUUAAUUCAAGUGUGGCGUGAUAAAUAUUUUUAUUAGUGUUAAAAUCGUGUAGGAUUAUGUGUAAUUAAAUUAUUAAUGCGAAAGCUCAAAAGCUCAAAAGAAUGAAAUGCAUAAAGAAGUAUAUUGCCUACUUUUAGGCGCUGCAUGCAAUUUUUAAUCAAAAAGUGUUUUAUUGUGUUAGAUUGUAUUGUUUAUUAUUACAUGGAAAUAGUUUAAAAAGGUGCACACAUAAAAACGUAAACAAAAUUAUUUAUUAAAUCAAAUUGAUAAAAAUAGAUACAAAAUAUUCUAAGUGCUUUAAAGAACAUCGCCGACAAAAUAAAAUGGAUUGGCAUGACCCAUACGACUACGAGAUUAUUUGUGAACCGGCAUACGACGAGCAGCCCGUUCAACUACUGGGUUAUGAUGAAUUUCGCAUCAGAUUUAUGGACGAACGCCAGGACAUACAAAAGAAGACCUUCACCAAAUGGAUUAACUCACAUCUGCUAAAGACCCAGUGUACACCAGUGAACGACUUGUUUGAGGAUCUGCGCGAUGGCCAUCGUUUGCUGGCGUUGCUCAGUGUACUCACGCAAUCACAGUUGAAACCGGAACGCGGUCGCAUGCGCGUACAUCACAUCAAUAAUAUUAACAAAGUAAUCCAAGUGAUACAAGAGCAUGGCGUCAAGUUGGUGAACAUAUCCAGUGAUGACAUAGUCGCUGGCAAUCCGAAAUUGACGCUCGGCUUGAUUUGGCUCAUAGCGCUCGAGUUUAACGGCCAAAAUCUGGUGAAGAGUCAGUCGAGUAAUGGCGUGGAGAAAUCACUGCUGGCAUGGGCGCGUCAAUUCACCGAACCAUAUGGGCUGCAGCUACAUGACUUCUCCAGCAGUUGGGCCGACGGUAGGGCGUUUCUCAUUGUGCUCAAUGCGCAUCUCGAGGAUAUCGAUUUGAGCGCUGCGCUCACAAAGCAUCCCCUAGCGCGUCUACGUACCGCCUUCGAUUUGGCGCACAAAUACUUUAAGAUAGAGAAAUUACUCGAUCCUGAGGACGUGCACACACACAAGCCGGACAACAAGUCGAUACAAAUGUAUGUGAUGUGUCUGUAUCAUGCCAUGGAAUCGCGUCACAGCCGUGAACGAACUGAUAGCGCUGGCGAGGCAGUGUUGUUCGACGAGAAGGCGCAGGAGGCGCUACCACCGACGCGCAGCAACACCAACACAAAUAUCACCGAUCUCGACGAAGUGCCGUUGGAUAGCGCCGAGGAGGUGUUCUCUGACUUGAGCAGUACGCCGGUCAGCAGUUCGGAUCCAGUGAAGUCGACGAAGUACAGCAGCGAUACUAUGCACAGCAUUAUGGAUAUCGGCAUGGAUGAGAGCAAACCGUUAGAUUAUCUACGCAUGGCGAAUGACAAAUCGCGUCCCAUGAGCACAGCUACGAAUGCAUCCAUAGAGAUAACGAGCUAUCAAGCAGCUUUGGAAGCGGUGCUUACGCUACUGUUGGAGGAUGAGCAGAUACUCUCACGUGAGCUGCCCGAAUCGAUUGACUUUCAAAGUGCUAAAAUACAGUUUCACGAAAACGAGCAUUUCAUGCUGAAGCUCACCGAACAUCAGCAGUAUGUGGGCGAAGCGCUCGAAGAGGGUUCGAAUUUGAUCAACGAAUCGCAAAAGACUUCCGGUCUUACCACCGAAGAUCAGAACGAAAUACGUCAGCAGAUGGUAUUGCUCAACGAACGGUGGGAGACUUUGCGUCUGCAAGCGCUCGAUGUGCAGUCGAAGAUAUUGGCACGCCUUGCCGAAUUCCAGUCGCAACAGAUCGAAAAGUUGCGUCUCUUCCUCACCAAUAUUGAAGAUCGCAUCUCGCAUAUGACCAAUAUUGGACCGAGUUUGCCGGCGGUGCAAGAACAAAUUGCAGAAGGGCGCCAGUUGAAAGACGAUCUUUGCAAUCAGCAAGCGCUGGUUGACAGCCUUAGUAAUAUGGUGGUGAUUGUAAAUGAUGAGUCGGGAAAUUUCAAUGACCUUGAAGAUAAGUUGUCAGCACUAGGCGAACGCUGGUCGCAUGUGUCCAAGUGGAGCGACUUGCGGAUGGAGAAGUUGCAGCAAUACAAAUGUAUCUAUCGUUGGCUAGAUGCACGCGAGCAAGACUUGAAGACAAUGGAGAGCAAAGAUGUAACCGAUCUAGGUGGCAUUACGAAGCGUAUGAACGACCUCAACUAUUGCGCCAAAGAUUUGUUGGAACUGGAGCGUUACCUCAUCGAUUUAAGACAGAUGGUGGCGGCUUCACUGCAAGAGGGCGACGAUCAAGGUGAGCGUGUGCUCAUGCAAUUAGAGAGCUUCGAGGACCGACUGGAUGCGCUUAAACAGAUUGUUGAAGUGCAAACCGACCGCAUCGAGGCGAAAGGUUUCAAGUUCGGGCGUGAUCGUGCGUCAUACGAUGACAGUCGUGUGGUGCGACCGGAUGGCUGGGUGGAUUUCCAAAUGCUAAUCAAAUUUGGUGAAGAAAACGAAGAUGUGAAUGAAGGAGAGGCAGAAGAUAUAAAUGCCGUGCAGCCGUCACCAGUGACCGUCUAUCAAGUAGUGGAAUCACCCGAGGGCAAUAAGAAACGUAAGUUACGCAGCUCGGAUAAUUUUUAUCUGCUUACGGGCCGCAUAAUGGAAGCAUGCAACUUCCUAGAAGAUUGUGAGGACCGCCUGCAGAGUGUGCAUCGUCAAAGUUUGCGCAAUCAAAGCGAAAUGCUAAUUGCACUGGAGAAGGAGGUCGCCAAACGCCCGGCGUUAAGCAGCGAGCUCAAGCAACUGUACGAAGUGUGUGAGCAGGAGGAAGUCAAACGAAAUUUAAUAAUGGAAGCCACGCAAAUCAAACAAAUUGAUGAGCGCUUUGAAACACUCAAAAAGCAUAUCAUUGAGCAGAAAUCGGAGACAGCACAAAUCAUAGCCAAGGAAAAGUUCUACAACAGCCUGACUGGCUUCAAGUUGGUGCUGGCCGACUCGCGUGAUUGGUAUAAGCAGCACUCGCAGUCGGCGAGCAAGGCCGAUUUAGAACAGCGUUUAAGUCACAUGGAAUCACUGUCUGGCGAAAUCGCCGAUGCUAAAGAGAUCACAGCAACUCUGAGCGAAGACUUGCAAGAAUGGCGUCAGGAUUUCAGUAUUUUCUACGAGAGUUGGAACGACAUGAAACGCGCAAUUAUUACACUGAUACAAGAGAAGGGUGGACUAGAUGAAGUCAAUGAGCGGUUGUUACGCUUAGAAGAUUUCAUGUCGAAAAUGUCUGGUGUUAAAGUGAUAGUCACCGAACUGCCACCAAUGCAAGCGCAACAGAAGCAACUGAAUGAGCUCGUCGAUGAGCUGGAACAAUUGAAGGCGGACUACGAAUAUGUCUGCGAAAGACGACCAGACGCAGUGAAUACCGAGUUUGCGGAAAACUGGGCUAAAAUACCGGAAAAGCUCAACGAGCGCGUGAUCAAGCAAACGACGGCAAUUGAGAACCUUAAUCACUUCAACGCGGAGUAUAAUGCUAUAUUGAAUGUGUUGCAUAAGUUGGAGUCUAAGUUCAAGCCGGACGACAUCGAAAGCCCAGAGCAGCUCGCACAACCCGCGGUGGGAGACAGUAAUCAACUGAAUAUGGAACUUCGUAAGAUUGAGAUUGAUGUGAUAAGCGCUCGCAAUUUCAGCGAGAUACUCAUAAAGGAUGCGGAGCCAACGCAUCGCGAACAUUUGCUAUUGCAAAUUAAGGAGCUUAACGAGUUCUUUACGAAAGUGCAAGAUUUACAUAAGGGGCAGGCGUUGAAACGCACCCAAGUGCUGGACAAAGCAGAAGAAGUACUCGAACGUUUGGCAAAGACAGAAGUUUGGCUAAAUGAGCUCGAACAAAAUACGCCGAAGACGAAAAUCUCGGAAAUCAACAACUCCAAUGAGCUGUUUCAAAUUAAGAGCAAAUUUCAGACACUCAAAGAGGCCUGCGAACGCGAGUCUGUGGGCUUUCGCGAGUUGAACGACUUAGGUGGCGAGCUGCUGCUGCAAAUGGAUGAACUAAAGACCACAGGUGAGGAAGUGGACAGCAAGUACACACAGUUGCCGAAGAAAUUUACACGUCUGAGCGCGCGGUGGACCGAGGUAACAGCACUGGUGUAUGCAAAAACCGCUUUACUGGAGCACAUUUCUACACAAUUGGGCGAGUUCAAAAAAUUCAUGGUUUCCGAGUCUGGUUAUUUGGAUCGGUUGGAGAAUAAGAUAGGCAGUACGCCAGAGAAUGCGGACGCAGAGGAGAUCAUUGAGGAACUUGAUGAUCUCGAAAACGUGCUGCGCGCACACUCUGACGAAUGGUUGGAGAAAAUUCAAGAAAUUGGCAAUGAGCUAAUUGAACAUGAGUUUAUGGCGAGUUCGAUACGUGCCGAAAUCGAAGGUAUUGUGGAGCGUUGGACACAGCUGCAAUUACGCGCCAAGCAACGCACCGAAAUACUCGAGAAAGAGGUGAGCGAGGCCGAGCAGUCCGAGAAGUGUAUUGUACAGUUUGAGGCUUGGCUAACGCGUGUCGACGAGAUACUGACCGAACAUCUGGAGAACGAUGUUACCAUUGAGGAUCUGCCGGAUGAUUUUCAGCGUUUGGUUAAGGAGUUCGAGACGAAAAAGCAUUGUUUCAAGGAGAUUGAGGACCUCAUAGCGGAGCACACACGCAAUGGCAAGAUUGAAGCCGCCAAUCGACUGCAAGAGAAGCUUAAUCUAACCGAACUGCGCUUUAAGUCUUGUCAGCUAAAGUUAAACAAGUGCACCGCACCGCAACCCGCGUACGAAUCCCGUUUAAAUCGCGCUGUGGCGGAGCUGCGUGCAGUCGAACAUUCCACGCUGGUGUUGGAUGUAGCGUCAGCAGGGCCCAGCACCGUUCAGGCGCAGUACCAGAAAUGUGUGCAAAUCUACCGCACGCUCUCCGAAAUCAAGCCAGAGAUCGAGAGCACUAUCAAGACCGGACGCAAGGUGUGCGAGGACAAAUUCACACGUUCGCCGAAACAGUUGAGCCAACGCAUCGACGCGCUAAAGCAUCUCUACAACGCACUCGGCGAGAAUGUCACGCAAUCGAAAGCUUUCCUCGAAACCUUGCUGAAGUUGGCGCACGAACUGGAUGAAUGUUUCGAACAUGCUGAUCAGCUGAUACGACGUUUCGAAUCACCGCAAGAGAUGCAAGAUCGCAAUUCGGGUUUCCUGGAAUUCGAGGAUCUGCUGCAGCGCUGUGAAGAACUGUACGAAGAGUACAACAAGUCAUGCGAUCAAACUUGUAUGGAGGACACACGUCAGAAGAUCGACGAGCUAAAGACGAUCUACAUGAAGCUGACCAGCGCAGAUGUGAUUAAACGCUUGACCGAGAUGAAGUCGACACUGCAGAACUUGGACAAUAUAUCGCCGGAGACAUUAAAAGCCAUGGAGCACGAGUUGAAGCAAAUAAACACGCCCUCGAAUCCGGAUAUAGAAAAGUUGCAACAACAAGUAAUCGCAAUUGUUGUGGAUGCUUUAAAAACGCGUUUUAAUGUAAAUUCCGAGCUGGCAGCACUCUUACCAACACCACCAUCAACUGCACAAAACAAAAGUGCACUCGAAAAUACAGACUCCGAUGUUGAAAUUGUUGUAUUGAGCAAUACGGUACGUCAGCGUCGCGCACGUACACCUGGCAUAAAUGACUCACAAAACGCUGGCGAUUCACCGACCAAACAUGAGCGGUCACAACCAAUGCAGACGACAGUUGAAUUGCCGCCAGCAAAGGAUGUCUCCGCAGAGCAGGCGAUGGUUACACAAGUCUUACCCGAUGUCUUGCCGCCACAAACAUUCCGUUUAGCAGAAUCCAGCACGCUGUUCUCACACAUCUCGACAGCCACACCAAUCGAAACGUCAGACAACGCGCCCGCUAAGCCACCAAAACGUAAAAGCCGUAAGGGUGAACAACACGCCAAAGUCGUGGAGGUACGCGAACGAAAUUUGCCACACGACAAAAUGUCAGUACAGAAUAUUGAAUUCGAGCCACAGGUCGGUGAGAUCGUAGACACCGUAAAUAUUUUAGAGAGUGUAGAGCCUUUUGUACCCGAAUAUGUAGAGACGGUACAAAUUGUUGAUCUCUCUGAAGAUUCCGAUUCUUCGAUGCGUGUUGACGCGGACGGCAAAGAAAUACAACGCAGCAAAAGCAAACGUUCGCUUUGUGAGUCACCGAAGCCACCACUCUCUCCGCUAUUGGAUGACGUAGAAUUGCGCGGUGCGGUGCCACUCAACACAAGCACACCGUUCCUGCGUGUGGAGAAACAACGCAUCUCGUUCGAUGAGAAGCGCAAACGCAUAGAGAAAGAGCGCGAUAUAUUACGCGACUCGGAAGAGGAUGAAGACGAACGACCGGCAAAAGAGCACGAGUCGUCUGAUAAUUCUCCAACGAAACAACCGAAGCGUUGGCGUCAGCUUACGCUCGCUUUGGACGAAGAGCAAUCGCCCAAGAAGGCGAAGGCUCAGGAUGUAUCAGAGGGCGCGCUGGAUUCACCUGUGCGCAACAGUUUUUAUAGUGCUGACAAAGAGGCAGGUUACGAUUUGGAACCUUUGGUUUUCUCCGAUGAUGAGGAUAUACCGAGAUUCUCGCUAGAAAUGACACCAACAUUUGAUUCCGAUAGUGAUACGAGUCGCAUUGAGACACCCGGUGCUAAGAAACCCAAUUUCUUUGAAAGCAAAAUUCUGCCCACCUCUCCGUCUUUGGACGAUUCAAAUAUCACUUUGAAGAGCCCUUACUCCGAGAGCCCGCUCAGUUUUCGAGACAACGCGCCCCUGGAUCAACGUGUGCAAACUUUCGACAAAAUGGCCAAGUAUAUGAUACGCAAAAUGGAGGCGACCAAGGACAAGAUCGAAAAGUGUAACGAGGGAGAGGUCGCUAUUGAGGACUUGAAACUUUUAAUUGCGCCCGAUGCCGCCACUUUGAUCUCACAAGGUGAUUCCUUGGUCCUGGAAACUCACGGAAAACAGGGUAAUCUUUCGCGCUUAGUUAUGAAAACGCAAAUCAUUCUACGUGAAAAGUUCCGUGAAGUGCAGCAAGCCAAAUCCAAGGUGCCCGGUGUGCCACAACCGAUCGACGGCAGCAAUACGCCCAGUCCGCGUUCCACACUCGAAAAGCUGAACAUCGAUUUGGAGGAACUCGUCACAAAAGGUCUCAAGCGGAUAAAUGAUCUGAUUGAAAAGCCAUACGAUAAAGCAGCCAUUGAGGCGCUACAGCGCCGCCUAGAGGAGAUUAGCGAUCGUCGCGACGACUUGAAAUUGAUCGUGAACAAAAUUGGCAAAAGUGAAGAGCGCCCUAAGGUGACUGCUACAAUGAUGGCUGAUAUAGAAAAGUCCAAGAACAACCUACAAUUACACGCCGAUGCUGUGGAGCUUUCGCUGACCGAAUUGAAACAGAUCAAUAAAUUGUCAGCACGCAACGGCGAUGAUAAAGAUUAUAACGACGAGGCGAGUGGCACCGGAGUAUUGGCUGGAAGUUUCGAUAAAUCCGUAUUGCAAAUAUCGGAUUGGCUGACGUGGGAGCAAAACAUGAUAAAAAUACAAAGUGUUGCCGUAGACGAUGUGGACGCGGUGCGGUUGGCCAUCGAGAAGCAGGAGAAAGUUUUACGCGAGUUGAAAAUGAAAAAGCCGCAACUCAAUGAAUUGGUUCACACGGCUGAAGUGCUGAAGGGCGACGUUAAGCGGCAACAGUUGCAGGAAAAAGAGCUAAAGCAAUUUUCUCUUGCGCCUCAUUGCGCAGCUGAUUUGGAUUAUAUGCGUUGUUGUUUGAAAGUUACACGCUUACGCGAACACUGGGAUGACACGUCGCAGUGUGUUAUGCAGCGCGCCGCCCAACUGAAGAACAUGCUCGGCGAUUCACAGCGCUAUGAAACCAAGCGCUUGGAGCUGGAAAAGUGGCUGGCACGCAUGGAGGCACGCGCCGAACGUAUGGGCAGUGUCGCGACCACCGCCGAUGUUUUGGAAGCGCAACAAAAGGAGCAAAAGUCCUUCCACGCCGAGUUGCAUCAGAAUAAGCAACAAUUUGAGCUCUUCAACGCUUUGACGCAAAAAUUGAUUGCUGUUUAUCCAUCAGAUGACACUACGCGCAUCAAAAAGAUGACGGAGGCUAUUAAUCAAAGAUAUUCUAACCUAAACAAUGGCGUCAUCAAUCGUGGCAAGCAACUACACGCCGCUGUUCACAGUCUUCAGUCGUUCGAUCGCGCCAUGGAUCAAUUCCUCGCUUUUCUCUCCGAGUCCGAAUCACUUUGCGAGAGCGCCGAAGCUGAAAUUGAUCGCAAUCCGCUCAUGUUUAAGGAUUUACAAUCGGAAAUUGAAACUCAUCGUGUCGUUUAUGAUCGUCUCGAUGGCACCGGCCGCAAACUGCUGGGUUCACUCACCUCGCAAGAAGAUGCCGUUAUGCUGCAGCGUCGGCUGGAUGAAAUGAAUCAGCGUUGGAAUAAUCUGAAGUCGAAGAGCAUCGCCAUCAGAAACCGUUUGGAGUCGAAUUCGGAGCAUUGGAAUGCGUUGCUGUUGUCGCUGCGCGAACUCACCGAAUGGGUUAUACGCAAGGAUACCGAGCAGUCGUCGUUGAGCGUUGGUCCGUUGAUGGGCGACGCAGCGAGUCUACAAAAACAAUUGGACGAUCAUAAGGCUUUCAGACGUCAACUGGAGGACAAACGUCCCAUUGUCGAAAGCAAUUUAUUGAGUGGACGACAAUAUAUUUCGAGUGAGCCACCUGUGUCGGACAACAGCGAUACGGAAGCAGCACACGACAGCGAUUCGCGUUACUUGAGCGCCGAGGAGCAGAGCCGCGAGCUGACGCGCAGCAUACGCCGUGAGGUUGGCAAACUUUCGGAGCAAUGGAACAACCUAAUCGAUCGCUCUGACAACUGGAAGCAUCGCCUGGACGAGUACAUGACGAAAAUGCGUCAAUUCCAAAAGACGCUCGAGGAUUUGAGUUCGCGCGUCGCCUCGGCCGAAGCCACGAAAGUAUCAUGGUUGCCACCCGUCUCCGCACAGGAGGCCACCGAGCAAAUGCAACACUUACAACGUUUGCGCGACAAAAUGACCACCGCCGGUGCGCUGUUGGAUGAUUGCAACGAGCAGCAGGCAUUCUUCACCGCCAAUCAAGUGUUGGUGCCCGCCAUGUGCCUAUCACGGCUGGAAGAUUUGAACACAAGAAUGAAACUUCUACAAAUUGCAAUGGAUGAACGACAAAAGAUACUUUGCAACGCUGGUGCUAAUCAAGCUUUGGAGAAUGGCGAAGAUGGACGUACAACAUCGAAUAGUGGCACAAUUGGGCCAUUACCUAACCUAGGUCAAAGCGUAAAGCCACCCUGGGAACGAGCAACGACAGCAGCCAAUGUGCCUUACUACAUUGAUCACGAGCGCGAAACCACUCACUGGGAUCAUCCAGAAAUGAUUGAAUUGAUGAAAAGUUUGGCUGAUCUUAAUGAAAUCCGUUUCUCCGCCUAUCGCACAGCAAUGAAGUUACGUGCCGUGCAAAAGCGUUUGGCGCUGGAUCGCAUACCCAUGUCCACUGCCAUCGAAUCGUUCGAUCGCCAUGCGUUGCGCGCACAAAACGACAAGCUCAUCGACAUACCCGACAUGACGACCGUCUUGCAUUCGCUCUAUGUGACAAUCGAUAAAAUUGACUUGACUUUAAUGUUGGAUUUGGCCAUAAACUGGAUACUAAAUGUUUACGACUCGCAGCGCACCGGACAGAUACGUGUGCUGAGCUUUAAGGUUGGCUUGAUUUUGCUCUGCAAGGGUCAUCUCGAGGAGAAAUAUCGCUACUUAUUCCGUUUGAUUGCCGACCCGGAGCGCAAAGUCGACCAAAGAAAAUUGGGCUUGCUGCUGCAUGACUGCAUACAGGUUCCACGCCAGCUGGGCGAAGUGGCCGCUUUCGGCGGCUCCAACAUCGAGCCUUCGGUGCGCUCAUGCCUCGAACGCGCUGGCAUCUCGCAGGAAGCCAUUGACGCCAAUCAGGAAAUUGCCAUUGAACAAUCACACUUCCUCGGCUGGUUGCAACACGAGCCGCAGAGUUUAGUCUGGAUGCCGGUGUUACAUCGUCUAGCGGCUGCCGAAACGGCCAAACAUCAGGCAAAAUGUAACAUUUGUAAGGAGUAUCCGAUAAUUGGUUUCCGUUAUCGCUGCCUCAAGUGCUUCAAUUUCGAUAUGUGCCAAAAGUGUUUCUUCUUCGGACGCAAUGCCAAAAAUCACAAAUUGAGUCAUCCAAUGCACGAGUAUUGCACAACGACCACUUCAACAGAAGACGUUCGCGAUUUCACACGCGCUUUGAAGAACAAAUUCAAGAGUCGCAAAUACUUCAAAAAGCAUCCACGUGUCGGCUAUUUGCCGGUACAAAGCGUGCUCGAGGGUGAUGCAUUAGAGAGUCCCGCACCGAGCCCACAACACACCACACACACGCUACAAAACGAUAUGCACUCACGGCUCGAAAUGUACGCUUCCCGUUUGGCGCAAGUUGAAUAUUGUACCGGUUCAAAUUCAACGCCCGACAGCGACGACGAACAUCAACUGAUCGCCCAAUACUGUCAGGCAUUGCCCACAAAUAACGGUAGCGGCCCCAAAUCGCCAGUUCAAGUAAUGGCAGCCAUGGAUGCAGAGCAACGUGAAGAGCUGGAAGCGAUUAUACGCGACCUGGAAGAGGAGAAUGCCAAUUUACAAGCGGAAUAUCAGCAGUUGUGCAGCAAACAGAACAGCACCACACCCGACGCGGAUGGUGGCAUGCAGCACUCAACGUCCGCCAUGGGUGGACUGGCUGCUGGAGCUAAUGCCGGAGGUCAAGGUGAACAUGGACAGGAUAUGAUUGCCGAGGCGAAACUGCUACGCCAACAUAAGGGUCGUCUUGAGGCGCGCAUGCAAAUACUGGAAGAUCACAAUCGCCAACUGGAAGCACAAUUGCAACGACUGCGCCAAUUGUUAGACGAGCCGAAUAGUGGCGCGGUGAGUGCCGCCGGCUCUGCGUUGAAUUCUAAGCCGAAUACGUUGCAAACACGCUCCGUGACCGCAUCUCAGCUGAAUACCGACUCGCCGGCGAAAAUGAAUCAACAGAAUGGCCAUUAUGAGCAAAACACAACCGCUGAAAUAGGACGCGCCGUGGAAGAGCUGGUUACAGUCAUAACCGAGGAGAUGAUCGAACAAACGCAGAGUCAAGAAAACGAUCGCGACGCCUUGGACGAUGAGGAUGAGGACAGUGAAAGUGUGGCCACAGCGAUAACUGCUAAAACAAUCAUAAAACCAUUAACGGCAACAACGAAAACCAAAACCAACGUAACAACCACCAAUAGCACAACUGCAACGAUACUAAACUAGAGCUAGAGCUAGAGCUAGAGCUAACGGAAAAAUAAAAUGUAAAGCGAUAAAAAGAGGAACUCUAAAUGAUGUAUGAUUAAACGUUAACGUGAAAGAAAAUUUGGUAAAAGUGAGUGAGGAAAUUGUGUGAAGCGUAAAGGAGAUGAAGGCAAACGUGAAAACUGAAGCAGCACAAAUUGGAAGAGUCAGUCAAAAAAUGCUGAAAACAAUUUAAGAACGGAUCCGGAACUCACGGUAGCUGGGUGAAACGGAGACCCCGCUCUGUUCAUAUCUAAAUAUACACCUGCGUAAUAUUGAUAUAUCAUUGCAAUGAAGCUAACUUCUUGCUUAGUGUAAACAAAAAAAAUUAUAAAAACGCAAUUGUUUAAAUAAAUAUAAUUAAAUUUAGCUACAAAUACAUAUAUAUACUUAAUAUGAUAUACAUACAUAUGAAUAUAGCGAAAAAACGGAGAAUCAGUUAUCAAAUGCAUACAUACAAAUAAAAAGCUAUGAAUUCGAAAAAAUUAGCGAAAAAAGAAAAAUUGCGGCAAAUUUUAAUUGCGUUUAAGUUAGCUCGUUAAUUAACACAAUCGAAUUACGCUGCUGAUUAAUUAAUAACAAUGAUUGAUUCAUUAAUUUACAAUGAAAGCUAACAAAAAGCUCCACACAAAAUCGGCGAUUGUUUGCUGUCGAACUUGUUGCGGAGAAAAAGCGCUGAAGCAGAGCGUAAAGCGAAGCAUGUAAAAGAAAAUUAAAGGAAAAUUAAACAAAUUUAAAGGGAAAUUAAGCAAAUUGAAAGAAAAAAUUGGCUCCAUCAAUAAGCAACAACAACCUGUGCAAAUUUUCCAAGAAAGCUUUCACAAAUAUUGUAAUUUCCAUGAAAUAGAAAUUAUGUAUAUUUUAAUGUUACUUUUUUUAUUUAAAACGAAAUGUUGUAGUUGUAAAAUAAUUUCCAUUUAAUUUGUACAAUUUUUUGCAAUAAGCACACAACAACAAUUUUGUAUGAAAUGCCAAUAAAUAAAUAAAAGUUUAUUGCAAUAGUUGGUAGCUUGUAAAACAUAUCACGAUACAAACGAACUUAACUCUACUCAAAUAGUUUCAGCAAUAUUAGCCACUCAAAUAGAUGUUUUCUAAUAAACUAAAAUUUAAAAAAAGCACACACACACAUAAAAAUUGCAAAAACACUAAAGUGGAAAAAGGCAUAUAAAAAUAAAAAAUAAAAAUGAAAAAAUUAACUUAUAUACUUAUUAAGUAAGCGCUCUUUGUAAUGCUUUGUAAUUUUAUAUACACAUGUAUAAAUAUAGAUUUUUAUAGCGAGCAACUUGUAAAUUUAAAUUGAAAGCUUUCCCAUGCAGAAGUCGAGGCGAAAUGCAAGAAUUGUAGCUUUCACCUGCAUAUAUUUUAACGGUGACCACAUUUGUUGCUUUGAAUUAAGUCAAAACUUUUGUAAGCAAAAGCACUGAGCGUUGCUGCAAAUUCAAUGUAAAUUUUAGAUUUCCACGUUUCCGUUAACUUCAAAAUUCACUACGUAAAAGUUUUAAAAAUUUGCUUAAAAUUCUUGCAUUCUUUAUUUCUUGUAAUUUUGUUAUUUAAAAUAGUUUUUUUUUUAUUUAAUUUCGUAUGCAAAGCAAUUUAAGUAUAAUUUACAAAUAACGGUUUAGUUAGCAGUUAAGUUUUAAUUUUUCUUUGCUUUUAAUUAAUUUCAAAUAAAUAUUGAGUAUUUUCAUUAAAUGAUUUUACGAAAUAAAAAGUGUUUUCUUUUACUAUUGUUUUUUCUUAAUUUAAGUAUUUACAGUUCAUUUUCUUCAAGUGUCUUUUCUUAACAUUUUCUUCAACAUGUCUCGUACGUGUUCGCAGGCAAGUUUGAAAUGUUAUGCCAAAGAUUUUUGCAGUCCUAGAAACACUUUUCAUAAGCACUUUUUAGAUGGCUUUCAACUCCGUCGGCGAAUUUUGUUGUAUCUCUUCGAUCGACACGGAUUUUUUCGGCUUUUUAGCUUUAAAUUCGGUCACAAUCAUAACACAAAGCAAUGGAGCAUUAUCAUCGUGUAAAAUCCAUUACAUAUUCUAUCACAAUUCUGGCCGUUUUCGACGGAUGUUCCCACGCAUACGCCUCAAUACGGCCAAAUAGAACUUUUUAUUGAAAGUCUGUCUCUCUAGAACAAAUACAUGAUGCACCAAACAACUAAUAUCGAAAAAAACAAUGAGCAUCAAAUUGAUUUUUUUGUUUUCGGCUUGUUUUUUUCCCACCAUUCUGAUGAUUUUUGACUUGUUUGCAAGUCAAACUCAUAAAUCCACGCCUCAUCGACAGUUAUAAUGCUGAAAUUCGCACGAUAAAGCAUGUCUAAAGAGACCUCUUUACGGUACUCUUUUUGAAAACAAUUUUUCAACGUUUCAUACCCAAAAUAUUCGCCAAAAUUCGAACGGACUCGCGGUAAUUGGUUGAGCUCUCUUACCAUUUCUUGAACACUUGCCGGAUGAUUUUCAAGUACCUUAUCCUUCGAUUUUUUAACAAUUUUAACAGAGGUCGAUGGUCGUUCAGUGCGAUGCUUUAACGAUCUCCCGACCGUCUUUGAAGGCUUUGUACCACUCAUAGGCUUGUGUUUUCAUCAUCGUAAGCCUAGCCUUUUCCAACAUUCGCAAUGACUCCGCACACGAAAUUUGGUUAGAAAUGCAAAAUUUGAGACAAAUUCUUUAUUCAAUAUUUUUAUCCAUCUAAUCCAUUUUUUGCAGCAAUUGGGGCUGUAUGUCACCAAUAACAAAACAAAUAAAUAAUCCCACAAAAAAUAGUCCAGGAUUACCUCGCCUGGUGCAAGCCGUACAAUAAAUAGAUUGUUUUGUUGCCUGUAUGACCAGCUUGUUGGCACCAAAGGUCGUCCACAUAUACAUCCUCUAAUGUAGAAUACGAACAAGUUAUUAAUCAUGGCUCUAUAGCGUUCCUGAUGGACUUUAACAUUUUAGCCAGUUUCAUUUUUAAAAUAAUAUGGAGCAAUGAUUCACACUGCCCAUAGAUCACACCAAACAGUGACUUUUUGAGGGUCCCAAGGCGGUCCCAACAAUGAUUUAUGGAUUAUUAUCACUUCAAAUGCGACAGUUUUGUUUAUUAACGUAUUCUUUCAACCAAAAGUAAGUUAGGUUGGUAAUAAAUUUGAAAGAUUUGCAAAGCUGUUUCGGAAUAAGUCUGUUCAAUAUGAAAUGCAAACCAAACUGAGUAUAAAUCAAGUAACAGCUGUCAAAGAAACCAAAUCCGAAAAAAGUAUUGCCUCAUUCAAAACCACAUGCCUAAAAUAAAUAAUUAAAAUAAUUUUAUGACCUUUAACUUCUAUCACUAUAUACAGCGAUUCAGAACAUUUGGCAAGGCGUUUAGUUUUAAAAUAGCGGUUGUGUUGUAUAUUAAAGGAUGUCAGACAAAGCUCUCUUGGAAGAUUUCGAUUAGGAGAUCAAACUGGUGGAUGAAUAAUAUGGAAAUCUUAAUAUUCAUAGUAAAAUACGCACAAACAAAAAUUUUAGGAAAACAAAAGUAUGAGAAUUUGACUUUUUUAUGCAGAAAAAUCAAUUAUUUUUGAAAAGUGGCCCAAAUUUUUUAGAAAUUAUUGCAUUUUCAGUGACGUUUUCUAUUUUGUGAAACUGCGACAGUGUGCAACAAGCCUGUCGUCGAGUUAGUAGUGACAGUUCAAUAGCGUCAAAAGACACCCCAACUUUGAUGAUUAUUUUCAAAUUUAUUACGAUUUAAUUUGUAGCUUUAUUUAUUUAAAAAAAUAUAACAGUUUUCAUAACAAAUAUAUCGCUAAAUAACCCAAUUAAUCCAGCAACCAAAGAAAGAAAAAAAAAACAAAUAAAGCCUAACGCAGUGCUACAUCAAAUUGACAAGAACGAUCAUAAAUGUACCACCUUUUCUACUCACACGUGUAGUUUGAUAAGCAAAAUACCUAGAAAUACACUACAGUUAUAAUCCAAUUUUAAAAAUUCUUGAAAAAUAUUAAACGUGUAUAAUCGGUCAAUAUACAUACAUACAUAUAGUAUUGUUGUCAGAAUUUUUUUACCAACCAAACUAAACGAAGUCUAAUAAUUCAUAAAAUUAACGUCCACAAUCCGAACCUAACCAGUAAACCCUAUCGAACUUCUUAGAUUAUUUUCGAAAUAUGUGAAUCACUAUACAACCUAAAUCUAAUAAGCCUAGACAUAUGAAACUAACUUCAAUCUCAGUAAGAAAUGAACCUCCAAACUGCUUUAAGAAUACCAAUUCCAAGUCUAUAUAUUUUGAAAAACAAAAAUAUUUUUAGAAUAACAAAUCAUAUUAAACGAAAAAGUCUUCUAAAAAUAAUUGAGCGACAAAAUAUUAAACGAAAAUCUCUUAUUAUAAUCAAAGAUAGACAAAAGAAAACAAAAUGUUUUAAAAUUGUAAUAAAAAAUUAUUCGAACACAAUUGUACUGAUUUGUAACUAUAUUAGACCAACCAUAACCAACUCUAAUAAAAAGUGAAAGCUUACACAGUACUACGAAAACCAAUAUGCAACAAAAAAUUUUUAAAUUCAAUAUUUAUAGAUACAAACAGAAAGCUCUCUUGUAUACAGCGAAAGUUGCAUGCCAAAAAAGCACAACUUAAAACUAAAUGUGCGAAAGCCUACGAAGAAACAAUUGACUAUAGAUAUACUAAGGACUUUUGGCGCUUCAUAAGCUCGUCCCUACAUACUUUUUAAGUAAAAUUAUAACAUUCUCUAAACUUAAGAGCUUGUGUGUGAUAACUUACGACUUGUAAACACGCACGUUUUAUUUAAAAUCAGAUUUUACUGCCAAUUUCAUUAGAGCUUUAACAUUUUUAUCUGUUUACAGCACAACUAUGCUUUCAUUUAAUAUUUAAUUAAUACAACAAUUUACAACUAAAUGGAUUUGUGAGGUAUAUACAUAUAUAAGAGAAUUCAAUUUUCUUGGCUUUUAUAAGCUUUUAUAAAUAAGCCCCAAAAGUUUGAAAAGAACGGGAAUUAAUGUUUUAUUACGUACACUGCCAAUAAUAAAUGCCCGAAAAUAACUUUUUACUUUAUAAAUCAAAGUUUGCUUUGCAUAGGUGAAAGCUCGCACAGCUGACUUCCGCCCGGUGGCUAAUUAUACACAUACGCAUUUCUCGUGGCAGUAUAAAAUAAUAUAAAAUACUAGUUUGCAAAUAUUUUCUUUCAUUUGUUGGCAUUUAGAAUGAAACACUUUUUCAUAUACUCAAAUGAAAGCUCUUCUAAGCUUUUUAUAAUUUUUAGGUAAAAAACUUUGCAACUUUUUCAAAACUUGUUUCAAAAAAGCUUCGAUAACUAUGAAAGCUCACCUAAAUUUCGCGUAAGCUUGCAUUGAGAAAAUCGGUCGACUGAAUUAACGAAAUUAAUGUGUGUUUGGAAUAUACAUAAAUGUUUGGAAUAUAUAUAAAAUAAUCAUAUGCAAAAUAUUCUACAUAACAGCGUUGCAAAUAUACAGUUUUAUUAUUUAAAUAUGAAUAAGAGUACACCAAACAUUUGUACUACACAGCAACAACAAAAGAAAAUUCAUUGUAAGAUCAGAUGAAAUAUUAUAUAUUCAUGAAAUAGUCGUUUUUCUUAAUUUUGUAACGAAUUUAGGCAACAUAUCCAUUAUCCUACUAGUACAUUUCCUAUAGUUCAUAUACUUAUACAUACAUAUACAUAUAAACUAUUCAUAUCAUAUGAUAAAUCUAUUAAAUAGUUGAACGCUAAUUAAAGACAUAAAUGCAUACAUACAUAUAUAUAUAUAUAUAUAUGUAUAUAUAUAAAGUAAAAUAAAUAAUUGGUUGCAUAAACGAAUUUAGGAAAAUUAUCUAAAACCGAAACCGAAAAGCAUACAGUUAAUAAUCCGACAACUUACAUACAUACAUAUGGUAUAUUCGAAUAAACGAUUUAGAAUUCACAUAUCCUGAAAUAUAAACAUUGCUGCAAGCCAGAAUUAGAAUUAAAAAACUCAAUUAAUUGAACGUGAGAUGCGCAGAGCCGCAGAUUAAUGUCUUUACAAGUUCUUUUCCGGUCACAAUAAUUUGAAACUUGUUAAGUGGCGAAUCGAACAAACAACUGACAGACAUGAAAUAAGGAAGUGACUAACGGAAGAUAAACUUUAUUCAACAUAGUAAAGUCUAUAUGGAUUCUUGUCGAUCCUUUACUUUACAUCUCUUUCUUGAGGUGAACAAGAAAAGCUAGUGAUUCAUAUGGAAAAACUUUUGCCACUAAAAGUACUCUUCCAAAGUAAUUUGAUUUUUUUUUUUCAAUUUCGAAAGGAAUUGUUUCAUUUGACUUAGCACUUUCUCGCUGAUUUAUGAAGGGUGGUCCAUUUCAAGGUUCCAUACCUUUUUAAAGAAAGAAAUUUCAAAUUUAAUGGCAAAUGUUUAUCAUCAUUCGAAAGAACAUAAUUUGGCAUUUAUUUUUUGAAGAUUACCUGUUUCAAAUUUUGGCCGCGGUUCCGUUUCACAUGACCCAUCCAUUGAGUUAAAUUUGCGAUGACUUGUUCAAGCAUUCGAAUGACACGCGUGAUGUUUUGCUCCAAGACCUAAAUCGAAGCGGAAUUGUCCGCAUACACUUUAGACUUUACAUAUCCUCACAGAAAAAAGUGUAACGGUGUGAUAUCACACGAUCUUGGUGGCCAAUCAAUCGGCCCAAAACAUGAAUUUAUCUGCUAACCGAAGUGUUCUCUCAAUAAAUCCAUUGAGAACCGUUGAGAGUGUAGGAACUGGCGCCAUUUUGUUGAAACCAAAUGUCGCCGGGAUCACAAGCUUUAAUUUCAGGCAUCAAAUAGUCGAUUGUCAUGAUGCGAUAACGGUGGCCAUUGACGGUUAUGUUCUAACCGGCAUAAUUUUUGAAGAAAUAUGGACCGAUGAUUCCACCGUCCCACAAACCACACUAACCGUUUUUGGCAGCUCUUGACUCACUUCAGGGUGCUCUUCGUCUAAAAUGCAGCAAUUUUGCUUGUUUACACACCCAUUAAGCCAGAAAUGAACAAAAUUUGUCUCGUGUAAUUUUCUUGAAAUUUUCAAGAGUCCAUAGAGCGAAGCGAUGUUGCUUGCGAAGGUCGAGCGGCUUUAGUUCUUACACAAGCUAUAUUUCGUACGUUUUCAAAUUAAGAUCUCGACGUAAAAUGCGCGAAGUCGUUCCAUACGUCAGUCCGAGUUGCUGCGAACGGUGCCGAAUCGACUCUCCACGGUCUUCGUGUACACUCUCAGCUACGGCUGCUAUAUUUUCUUCACUGCGUGCUGAACCUGGUCUGUUCGGUCAAGUAUUAUUCAAUAAUGAAUGUUGAGUCGCAAGAUGAGUGAUGGCGUUGUAAAUAGUACGCUUAGUAGGCCGAUUAUGUUGACCAUAAGUUGAGCGAAGCGCGCGAAACACAUUCUUUACACAGCAUGAUUUUCCAUAAUUAAGUUGAACGAUUUGUAAACCUUGUUCAGGCGUAAGUCUUUCCACGAUGAAAUGCCAAACAAUACUGAACAAAAAUAACAUGACGGCUUGACACGAAACAUACGUGAUCUGUCAAAAAAGGCAACUGAAAAAAGUACCUCUACUUGGAUCACCCGUUAUUUUUUUAGAACCCUGAAAACGGAGUUGUUUAUAAAUAUUCUCCUGAGAGCAUUGUAGAAAAAUCAGACAACAUCUGUUGGCAGACCCUACUAAGAUGCUAUAACUCCCAAUGAAGGCCUAUCCCUUAUGAAUUGUCUUAUUGUGUUUGACACGACUUGUUGUUUCGACAUAUAAAAAGACAUAUAUGCGGAAGAAUUCUUUCGAAAAAUUAAAUUAAAAUUUAAUUACAUAAAUAAACUAAUUACAAUAUAUACUGAACUCAAAAUGUACUGCCCAACUAAUCGAUAUUAAAAAUAUCUCUGGCUAAAAGAAAAACAAAAAAGAAUUCUAAAGUUUUAAUAGAAAUCGCAAAUAAAGCGACCACAGUUGUAAUACAUACGAAUAUUUGGUACUUCAAUUGCCGUUAAAAGAAA